CUUCGAAGCGUAAAGAUAAAAUUAUUCUCGACAUUGUGCGGUCGUCAUGGAAGCUCAUCAACAAAUCUGAGUGAAUUUUUUUAUAAGAUAAUUUUAACUACGUUCCAAUACUAUUAAAUAACAUUUCAACAAUGAUGGAUAUGGAAAUGAAUGCCGACAUGGAAAGGGAGGAGGGUAGUGAAACGGGGGGUGGUUCUAACGAAGGAAGUUCAACAGGAAGUAUGUACUGCACUCUUGAACAGAAUUUCGAACAGAUAAGAAAUGCUAUGAAGAACAACAGAGCUUUAGAGUCGUAUGAGCACGAGUAUAAGCGGCUCUUUGAAUCCCUUUAUCAAUCUCAUCGUAGCGAAGACGAACUAACUAAGAAAUGCAAAACCCUACAGGAAGAAGUAGCAGAAGGAAUGAAUAAAAUUUUUGAUUUAGAGAAAAAAGUAGAAAUUGGUGAGAUGAAUAUAGAACAGUUGAAAAAUGAAAUCAUAGAGAAAAAAAAACAUACGGAUAUUAUCCAUGUGCGAGAGCAAAAAGCUCAAGAAAUUAUAGAAAAUUUACGUAUCUCUAUUGCUAAGCUCACUGAGGAAAUCAAUCAGAAAUCAAAGCAACUUUCCACAGAAGAGCAGUUGCCACCUACGCAAGAAAAAGAUGGUUUAACAAAAGAAAAUGAGCGUUUACUCGGUGAAGUCGAUGCUUUGAAACAGUGUCUGAAAAACGCUGCAAAUUAUAAUCAAGAAAUAGAAGAAAAAGUUAAUGAAACUGAAGAGAAAAUUAAAUCGUUGCAAGAGACUAUUGAUCAACAAAAUAAUGACAUGUUAAAGGUACAACGAGAACGUGAAAAAACACAGUCCGAAUUGGACAAUCUUUAUGAAAAAUUUAUAAUACGAUCGACUGAACUACAGACAGUUGAUGAAGCAUAUAAAGAAAUGCAAAAUAAUGCUUUAAAACAAGAACAAUUAUUAUCGGACCAAGUAAUGGAAAAUGAAAAAUCUCAAAAAGAAUUACAUAAAGUUACACAACAAGUAAUGUCAAUGAAAAAGUCGUCGGAUAAUCUUCAAAUUAAAAUUACACAAAUCGAGAAGGAAUUAAAUGAUAAAAGUAGGCUUAUUAAAGAUUUAAACAAAGAAAUGCAUGGAAAGCAAAAAGAAUUAGAAAGAUUGAAUCUUGAAAAAGAAAAUACAGAGUCGAAAUUAACGAAAGAACGAAAUCUUAAUAUGAAAACUGAAGAAAACUUGAAACGCAAUGUAACAAUUCUUAAGAAUUCUGAAUCGGAGGUUGCCGGUCUUACAAAAUGCAUAGAAUCAGAUAAAAAGACGAUUGAGAAAUUGAAUCGUUUCAAAGAGACAGCAUCAAAAAAUAUUAAAGAACAAGAAGAGAUUAUUAUGAAAUUGAAUUAUGAAAUUCGUGUAUUCGAACAAACUAAUCGAAGAAUGCAGACAACCGAAGAUGAAAUGACGGCAGCUGCGAAUGAAAUGAGACGACAUAUAAAGAAAUUGGAAACAGACAAGAAUAAAUGUGUAAUAGAAACACAAGAAUUAACAGUGAAGGUAAAAGACUGUGUUGACGAACUGAAAUUAAAAAGACUUGAAAUUGCCGAUUAUCAAAAGCGCCUUCAUGAAGCAGAUAAUAGAUUUCGGCAACAUCAAACCGUUUUUGAUAAUAUCAGAGCUGAGCGCAAUUCUUUUAAAAAGAAUCUGUUGUUAGUACAAGAGGAAGUCGUGGAACUGAAGGCGAAGGCCAAAAACUUAAAUUUAGAAAUUAAUGUUUUAAAAGACCAAUUGGCAAUAAAGGAAGCAGAUUUGAUGAAACAAGAAUUUUUAUUCAACAAGCUAGAGAAAGAAAAAGAUGGACUAAAAGUAGAAAUUACAAAUAUACGUAUAAAUAUGUCUAAUUUUCGAGAAGAAAUGGAGAAAAUGAAGCAAGAGGAAAAAUUUUUGAAAAAAACAUUACAGGAAGCCGACUUAACUAUUAUUAAACAGACCAAAGAAAUAGAAUUGAUAAUGAAUGAGCGCGAUAUAAUUGGCACGCAAAUUGUCCGACGGAAUGAUGAGAUAAGCUUACAAUACAACAAAAUGCAAAUACUAACGGAGACUCUUGCUGGAGGUGAGAAACAAUACACCCAAAGAAUGGACGAAAUAAGAACACUUAAACUAGAAUUAAAAAAUCUGAAGCUGCGAAAUGCGGCUUUGGAAAAACAUACAAGUAGCCUUAAUGAUCUUCGUGAUGCGGUUUCGCAUCUCGAGCGUAAUUUAAAUAAGGAAAGACUUAAAGUAAUGGCGCUUGAGGAGGAGGUUCAAAAUCCUUUGAAUAUUCAUAGAUGGCGAAGCUUAGAGGGAACCGAUCCAGAUACUUUUGAACUUUUAAAAAAAAUUCAAAUUUUACAAAAAAGAAUAGUAAAAAUGUCGACGGAAAUGAUUAACAAAGACAAGAAGAUUAGAGAGAUAGAAAAAUUAUAUACGAAUCUUCGUAAAGUCCUUGCAAAACAACCAGGACCGGAAAUACUCGUACACCUAAAUAAAACUCGCCGAGCUCUAAGAGAUAGAGGGAAUAAAAUGAAGAGUUUAGUUGCAGAGUUGAAUAUGGCAAUAUCGACAGAACAUAAAUUCGAGAUUGAUAAGAUAAAAAAAGAACUUAAUAUAACGAAGGCGAAAUAUUUUGCUCAAAAAAAGAAAAAUUUGAAGCCUCUUGAAUAUAUUAAACAAAUUCCUGCGACUUUGACAGUAAACCCAAAUAAAUUCCAUUAUAGUGGGUUUGAUGUGAAUAAUCCAACAUCUAAAGACUCCACUAUUUCUUCAACAGUAAUAACUCAAUAAAAUUAGAUACGACAGAAUUAAAUUUUUUUAA